AUGGUAUUUGAAAAUCUAGUUGUCUAUCUACUGGAUAAAUAUUUGGGUGAUUAUAUCGAAAAUUUAGAUACAAAAAAACUUAAAAUUGAUUUAUGGAAUGGAAAUGUUGUUCUUGAAAAUUUGUAUCUAAAAUCCAAUGCAUUGGCGGAUUUAAAUCUUCCUGUUACUAUAUCAAUUGGAUAUUUACAAAAAUUAACACUUCAAGUUCCAUGGACAAAUUUAUAUACACAUCCAACAAAAGCAACAAUCGAUGGACUUUAUUUAUUAGUUGUACCAAAAACUGAAGUCGAAUAUGAUGCCCAAAGAGAUGCGAAAGAACAACAUGAAGCUAAAAUGAAAGAGGUUCGAAAAGUUGAAGAACUUCGAAAAGAAAAAGAAGCAGAAAAAAAUGCCAAAGGAAAUGAUAAAAAUAACGAUACUUUUGUUGAACGUAUGCAACUUCAAGUUAUUCGAAAUUUGGAAUUAUCAAUUCGAAAUAUUCAUAUUGUUUAUGAAGAUAAAUCAACUAAACCAAAUCAUCCAUUUUCAUUUGGAAUAACUCUUAAUUAUAUAUCACUUCAUACAACAACACCAGAUUGGGAACCAACUAUACUUAAAGAAGAUACACCAUUGAUUCAUAAACUUGGUGAAUUAAGUGCUUUAUCAAUUUAUUGGAAUACAAAUGCGAAAUCUCGAACAGAUUUAGCAAGAGAUGAUGCUAUCAAUAAUUUAAAAGAAAAAAUAGCUAUUGACAAUCAACAAGCACCAUCUGAUAUCUCAUACAUUCUUCGUCCACUUAAUGUCAAAGCACGACUUGUAUUAGCAAUGAAACCACGUGAAGAAGAUUUUAAACGACCUAUGUUUGACAUUAAAGUUGAUUUAGAUGAAAUUAGUCUUAAUAUGAAUCGUGAUCAAUAUUCGGAUUUACUUGAUCUUCUUGAAUUUCAAGAUUAUCUUAGUGUUCAAUCCAAAUAUAUAAAAUAUCAUGUGAAAAAAGAAUUAGUAGAAAAGAAAACAUUAAGAAAUUGGAAAUUUGCUUAUGAAGCAAUUGUUAAUGAAGAAAUUCGACCAAGAUUUGAUUGUUAUAAAUGGGAAAAUAUAAAAGCACAUUUAGAUCGUUGCAGAGAAUAUCGUACAUUACAUUAUCAAGAAUUAAUAGGAAAACUAACCCAUGAACAAAAAACUCGUGCAGAAGAAUUAGAAAAAAAACUUGACGUUUUUAAUUUAACAUAUAUUCGUCGAAGUGCAGAAAUUGAAGCAAGAAAAAAGAAAGAACAAGAACCUAAAACUUGGUGGGGAAGUGUAUCGAAUUGGUGGGGUGGAAGUAAAUCAACUGAUGAUCCAGAACUUGAUUUAGAAAAAGUCAUGUCACCAGAAGAGAAAAAUAAAUUAUAUGAAGCUAUUGGUUAUGCUGGUGAAGAUACUUCAACAUCAACUUAUCCAGAAGAAUAUGUUGAUAUUGAUUUAGCAAUUCGAUUAAACAUGCUUGAUGUUAAUAUUUGGUCUAAAAUUAACGAACAUGAUACUCAAUUUCGAGUUAUUGCUCGUGGUGUUAUACCUGAUACUAGUUUAAUAUUCAAACGACGACCAGCUACCGAUGCUCUUGCUAUAUAUGUUGAUUUGGGUUCAUUUCAAGUAUUUGGUAUUGCAACAAAUUCGAGUCAAUCCGAAUUAUUAAAUGAUAGUCGACCUGUACUUGUACGUCCAUCAGCAUUAUCAUCAACUAAUCAACAAAAAUUCUUACAAGUAGAAUUUGAAACAAAUCCAUUAGAUAAAAAAUCGGAUUAUCGUGUUAAAGUUGUUUCACAAUCAUUAGAAAUAAAAUAUAAUGCUCCAACAAUUAAUAAAUUAGCAGAAUGUUUUGAACCUGAUGCUGAUCGAAAUUUACAAGGUGUUAAACAAGUCGCAUAUUCAACUUAUACAGAUGUUAAACAUCGUUCAUUUAUAUUAAUGAAACAUAAUAUCGAAAAAAUCAAAGUUUUAGAUAUUUAUAUUGAUAUUCAAUCAUCUUAUCUUCUUUUACCGGAGAAUGGAGUUUAUCAAGAUGGUGUUGCAGCUAUUUGUAUGGAUUUAGGUCAUUUAACAUUAAAACGUGGUACAAAUCAAGAAAAUCAUUAUGAAGAAUCUCAUGCACCCACAAAUAUUGAAGGUGUUCGAGAGUUAUCAUAUACACAAUUUAAAUUAAAACUUACAGAUAUUCAAUUAAUUUAUGCUAAUCGAAAUGAAAGUUGGGAAAAUGCUCGAAAAGAAAAAAAUACUCGUUUACAUUUAAUUAAACCAAUGGAACUUGAAAUGGAUGUUGAUAAAUGUAUUUAUCAUGAUGAUGCUGUUUUACCUGCAUGGAAAAUGGCUGGAAAUAUUCCAGGUGUAGAAUUACGUUUAUCAGAUAAACGUCUUUUUCAUAUUAUUAAUCAUAUUCAAUCUAUUCCUUUUCCGGAAUCGAAACAUCCAAUUAGUGAAAUACCAACACUUGAAGCAGAAGCAACAACUGCACAAUCAUUACUUAGUAAUCCUGAGCAAACAUAUGAAACAGUUGAAGGAAUGACACCAGUUAAAAAAACUUUAGAAAAAGUCGAAGGUAGUGAAAAUAACGACGAAAAUUCUGAAGAAGAAACUCCCAAACAAGCACUUACAACAAAGAAAAGUGAUUUCGAAGGACAAUUAACACAAUUAGAAGCAACAUUUACUCUUGAUAAAAUUAUUUUACAUAUUGAUGAAGCAUUAAAUAGUUCAAAUGAUGAUGAUGAAGGUGAACCAUUUCUUCAAAUCAAACUUGAAUCUAUUCUUGCUAAAACAAAAAUAAAAACAUUUGAUAUGGAAUUUGAUGCAUCAUUAGGUGAUUUAAUUGUUUAUCAUGAACAAUUUGUUGGUAAAGAUAAUCAACAAUUACGUUUAUUAUCAGCAGAAUUAAAUAGAAAUGAAAUUCAUGAAAAUAAAAAAUUAGUUAGUGUCAAUUUUCUUCAUACAUCACCAGAUAAUCCGUUAUUUUCAUCAUCAAUGUAUAAUGGAAUUGAAAAUAAAGCUCAUGUUCAUUUUACAAAACUUGUUGUGAUUUUACAAUUAGAAGCACUCUUAUCAAUAUUAAGAUUUCAAGAUGCUUUAAUGAAAAAAUUACCUAAAGAUACACCUGAAAUUGAUAUGAAAAAGAAAGCUGAAGAAGAAGAAGAAGCAAAAAAACAACAAUUAAAAGUACCUGAUGAUAAUAAAACAAUAGGAAGAUCUGUAUCAACUACAGGAAAAGUAGUUAAAAAGAAUGAUGUUCCAGUAACACCAACAUUGAAAAUUGAAGCUGAUUUAGAAGAAUUUCGAAUAAUAAUUGCAUCGAAAAUAACUCAAUUAUUUGAUAUACAAGUUCAAGGUGUCAAAGCGGAUGUAUCACAGGCACCAGAAAAGACAUUAAUUAAUUUAAUUCUAUCAGAUCUACGUGUUUUUGAUCCAUAUGAAGGUGCACGAUAUCGAAAAAUUAUUUCUCAACAAGGUGAUGAUAAAGAAUUACUUCGUGUUGAUUUAUGUUUAUUUAAUUAUCCUGAUGAAUAUGUAAAACCUCUUGAUAUCGUCGAUUGUGAUGUUAAAGUUCAAUUUGCAAAAGCAAAUAUUGUGUUUCUUUUCAAACAUAUCGACGCUAUUUUGAAUUUUCUUGAUUCAUUAAAUAUAACCAAAGCUGCACUAGAUUUAGCAUCAACACAAGCCGAUGCUGCUUAUGAACAAGUACAAAAAUUACAAGAACAAGCAUUUAAAGUUCAUCUUGAUAUAACAUUUAAUGCUCCAAAUAUAAUUAUUCCAACAAAUUCAUAUUCUGAUGAAGCUUUACUAUUUGAUUUGGGUAAAUUAACAUUACUAACACGUUUUUACGAUGAUCCAAAACGUUCACUUGUUGAACAACAAAAUGUUCGAUUAGAAAAUGUUCUUGCUAGUCGUGUUAAACUUAAUCAUGAUAAUAAUAUUCUUGGUGAAAUUAUUUUACUUGAAUGUGCCGAAUUAAAUACAUUAAUUAAUCGUUUACUUUAUCCUGAAAAAGUUAAAAAUGAACCUGGAGUUUCAAUUAAAGUUGAAUGGGAUUUAGUUCAUUUUCGAUUAGCUAAAGGUGAUUAUUCAUGUGUUAUGAAAGUCUUAAUGGAAAAUUUUACGGAAAAUAUUCGUGAUCAAAUACCUGAAACUGCACAACUUGAACAAUAUCAUUAUAGACAGGAAGAACAAGAAAAAGAAGAAGAAGCUUUAAGAAAUGCUGUAAUUAAAAGACAACAAGACGCUCAUGGUGGUGAAGUUUUACAAACAGUUAAAAUUCGAGCAGAAAUUAAGAAACUAGCAUUGACACUUUACUUGGGAGAAUCAAAUUUGACUGUUCGUCGGGCACCGCGUGAUGAAUCUUACAAAUUAGCUAAUGUCCAAAUAGAAUUAUUAGAAGCAUUAUUUCGUCAACAAACUGAUUCAAGUUAUAAAGCAAUGGUACGUGUUAAAAAUUUUCUAGUUGAUGAUUUACGUGAAACAAAUAAAGCAACAAGUGUAACACGUAUGAUGGAUAGACAUUUUACAGUUGAUCCAAAUGCUCAAAUGGUUAUUGCAUCAUUUGAAUUUAAACCAAAAUCUCCAACAAAUUCAAUGGCACUUCGACAAUUGAGUGCUCAACUGGAAAGUCUUUAUAUAUGUAUCAGUUUGGAUUAUUUAAUGACAUUACAAGAUUUUUUUAUAUCUGGUUUACCAACUGGUAAUACUGAAAUAAGAUCUCGUACAUCAACAAUGACAUCUGAAAAAGAAAUUUCAACUAAAACUGAUAAUGAUAAUAAUCGAUUGAAAGUAGACCCAAAACCAAGUCGACCUUCAAUUACAGCACAAAAACUUCCAACACCAUCAUCAAAACCUUCUACACCUCAACCACCAACUCCAUCCAAUGCUGAUCCAGAGAUCGAAACACGAAUUGAUGUGAUUGUAAAAAAUCCGGAAAUUAUUCUACUUGAAGAUCAACAUAAUUCAAAUUCGAAUUGUCUCGUACUGGACUUAGCUUUACAAAUGCGUAUGAUUAGUGUUGGUGAAGAUUCAAAAUUAUAUAUAUGGUUAAAAGAUCUAACAGUUUAUAGUUCAAAUUUUGCAGAAUUAAGAGAUUCAAAAAAUGCUGGUUCGAAAAUAAAAUAUCGCAUUUUACAACCAGCUAAAGCUGAUGUUAUUAUAAUUAUGGAUAAGGAACAACAAAAAAUUGAUGUACGAAUAUCCGAUAUUAUUGUUAGUAUUGCACCAGCAGCAGUUAAAACAUUAAUUGGUGUUACAAGUUCAUUAGGAACACUUAAAACAGAUGUUGCAGAAGAAAAAGAAAAGGUUAAUUCAAAAUCAUUAUUUACUCCAAAAAUAUUUAAAGAUUCAGGUCUUUGGUAUAUAAAAGAAUAUGAAGAAAAACAAGCUAAACUUGAAUCAACUGAUAUAUUAGAAACGGUUACAGGUACACCAUCAAUUCAAAAAGCUGUUAAAGAAGAAGAAGAUAAAAUGAUUGAAAAAGAAGAAAAAAUUGAAACACAAACUCUUUUAAUACAACAGUUAAUUUUAACAUUAGAGACAAUUCAAAUUAAAUUGGAAGUUGGUUUAGGUUCAGUAACAAAAUCUGUUGUUGCAAUGUGUUUAUCAAAUUUAACAGCUGAUGUUAAAAAUUGGACAACAGAUUUAAGUCUUUCGUCAACUGUUAAUAUUGAAGCUGCAUUAUUUAAUGAACGUAUGCUUGCUUGGGAACCACUCAUUGAACCAACAAUUGAUGCAAGUGGAUCCGUUCUUUCACCUUGGUGUAUCACAUGUUCAAUUGUACCUGUAUUACCAUUAACUGAAAAAAGUGGAUCGGCAGUAUCAAAUGAACAAGAACGAAAAGAAGGUGUACCAUCAUCAACUUCGAAACAAAUUGUAUUCAUACGUGCCGAUCAAUUACUUAAUUUAACAAUAACAAAAACAGGUCUUGAUUUAGUUCAACGUUUAUCAGCUUUAUUCAAUGAUGUUUAUAAUAAACGAUUACCAUUUACUGAAGAUAAUGAUCAACCAAUGUUAUCAUUAUUUAAUGGAACUGGAAAAGAAAUAUUCAUUGAUAAUUUAGAUGGUCUUGAAUUUGCUGAAAAUAUGACACUAACAUCAAAAGCUUUAAAACCAAAUGGUUUCGUUCCAUUGGUUGUAGCAAAUGAUCGUCAAUCAGCAGCGAGACUUUCUGUUAUUGAAGAACAAGAUUUUAAACGACGACAAGAAUUUGGCGUUAAAAUUGGAGAUGUUGUUAAAACUGUAACUAUCAAUCGAACAUGGAAACGUGUUUAUGAAUUAGGUCCAUCACCAAAUCCAAAUUGGCCAGUUCAAAUGCUUUGUGAUACACAAGUACGAAAUGAUCGUCGAUGUGUUAUUCUUAGUUCAAUUGUUAAAGUUUAUAAUAAUACAACAAUGCCAUUGAUUAUUUUAAAUAUUGAUUCAGUUGAUCCAAAAAAAUAUCAUCGAAUGGCAAAAAUUGAUAUUAAUGAUGAAUAUUAUGUACCAAUUGAAUUACUUUAUACACAUUCAAGUUCACCAAUAUUUAUUUCUACUGAUGAAAAUGAACAUAAUGGUGAAAUUUAUGAUUUUUUCUCGUUUGAUUGGGAAAAAGAAUUUUUAUCGGAAAGAAAAUUAAAAUUAAAAACUGGAAAGGAAGCAAAUUUUAUUGUUUUUAAAGAAGUAACAAAUGCUUAUUCAGAAAAUACCGAUCAACUUGAUCAUGCAAGCUUUAGUCUUUAUAUUCAUCCAGCUCUUCAUUUAACUAAUCUUUUACCAGUCGAUAUUCAAUGUUCAAUUGAUAAUGCCGAACAAAUUGAUUUAAAACCAAGUGAAUUAACUCUCAUUACAUCUGGCAAUAAACAAUCUAUAUUAAGAUUUAUUAUUCCAUCAUAUAAUAAUAUAAAAUGGACAUCUGAUCCAGUUGAUUUAAAUGUUGAAGGAAAAGGUGAUCAUAACGAGCAUCUUGUCAUACUUCAUAAUUCUAAUAAUCCUCAACAAAUAUUAAAAAUGGUAUUACGUGUUGAUACAUUCCAUGAAUCAUAUCGUUUACUAUUCUAUUCACCAUUUUGGAUUCUUAAUCGUACUGAAUUACAACUUGAAUUUCAAAUUGAAAAUAAUCGUGCAUUUAUUGAAGUUGCUCAAACACCAUUUUUAGUUUGUCCAGAUAAAUUUGGAAGUGAUGCAAACAAAAAAGGACAACUUCGUCUUUAUAGUACCGAACAAGGAGAUAAUGCAACAAAUUGGUCUGAAAAAUUUUCACUUGAUGUUAUUAAAAGUACUGGUAUGGCAUCAUGCAAAGUUCCAAAUGAUCGAACUUAUAUGGUUUGUGUGGAUAUUGUAACAUGUUCAUUUGGUUUAACUAAAAUUGUUACACUAUCACCAUCAGUCGUUAUUAUUAAUAAAUCUACAAUGGAAAUUGAAGUAGUUGAAACAGUAUCAGACAAAGAACAAGAUAAAUGGGGACCGCUUAAUCCUGAGCAAAUAAUUCCAUUUUGGCCACAUAAUAUCAAAGAAGGUGUAAUGCGUGUUCGUUAUACACAUAAUCGUGUUUCAUCAAGUCCAUUUAUGAUGAAUCAAAAACAUCGAACACUUUUACGUAUGGAUGAUGAAGAACGUCCAGCAAUAUAUGUUGAAGUCACAGCAACUGAUUUCGAUGGUGUUCGAGUUAUUUUUGGUGAUUAUAAAAUUGGUGAUGCACCACUUCUUCUUGUCAAUUGUUUGAAAAAAGAUCCAAUAUCAUUUUGUCAAGUUGAUGAUGUGCGUGCACAAGUAUUACCACCAUUGAAUUAUGUUUAUUAUACAUGGUCAGAUCCAUUGAAACCAAGAGAGUUAGUUAUCUCAUGUGGCUCAAAGAAAAAAACUGUGGAAUUAACUCCUCAAUGUGGUUUUCUUGGACAAGAUGGUGAUCAUAAUGUUAGCUAUACAACAUUCGUUGAUGGUGUUCAAACUGUAUUACUUUUUUCGGAUGAUACCAAAGUCAUCGAAGCUGCUUCUGGAAUGCCAUCAUUAGCAGAAUCAAUGGGUCAACGUGUUCAAAUUGGUAUUCAUGAUAUUGGUUUAUCAAUUGUAAAUGAUGUAACACGAGAAGAAAUGCUAUAUAUAAGUUUAAAUAAAUCUAAAGUUGUUUGGACAGAAACAAGAAAAUCACGUGUUCGACCAUUAUCACAUGAUAUAAAUAUACAUUUAGAAGAACUCUAUCGAACUCAUCUUGAACAACGUGAAGCUAAUCCAGAUGAUAAAGAACUUUUGAAAAAAAAAUAUCAUAUGGAACAAUUUCGUGAAAUAUCAUUUCAUGGUGAUACAGCAGAAUUAGUGAAUUCGAAAGGUCAAAGAAAAGUAGCUAAACGACAAGCAUUAGAUGGUCUUUGGAUUGAAUAUGCAUGGUCAGUUACAAAUGCUGCAUUACAUAUAAAAAUAAAUCGUGUACAAAUUGAUAAUCAACUUGAUUAUACAAUGUUUCCUGUUGUUCUUUAUCCAAUAAUAUCAAAAGCAACAGGAACGGAUCUUGCGGAAAAAUCAUUCAUUGAAUUAAGUGUUUAUGAAUCGAAAACAAGUCGAUCAAAUGUUAUGCAAUUUAAAUAUUUUAAAUUACUUAUUCAAGAAUUUGCGGUUAAAAUUGAUCAAGGUUUAAUUGUUGCUAUCUUAGCAUUUUUACGUGAAGAAAAAAGUGCAACAGCACCAACAAUAAAUAUGGAUACGGAUUUAGAACAAAUACAAAAACCACUUGAUGCUAUUAUUAAAGCAUUAACUGAUAGUCCAACAGGCGAAACAGAAAUGUAUUUUGAUAAUAUACAUUUAUCACCACUCAAAAUCCAUGUUAGUUUUUCAAUGCAUGGAUCAAAAGCAAGUCAAGAAUUAUUAGCUGAAUAUCCAUUAGUUGCAUUUUUAUUACAAACAUUAAAUGUUGCAGAAGUACAAGAUGUUAUUUUACGUUUGGGUUUUUAUGAACGAACACAUGAUCGAUAUACGAUAACAAAAUUAUCGAAUGAAGUUUCAUCUCAUUAUCAAAAUCAGUUUAUGAAACAACUUCAUGUACUUGUUCUUGGUCUUGAUGUACUUGGUAAUCCAUUUGGUGUUAUUCGUGGUCUUGCUGAAGGUGUUGAAUCAUUUUUUUAUGAACCAUAUAAAGGUGCAAUAGAAGGUCCAAUGGAAUUUGCUGAAGGUGUAGCAACAGGUGUUCGAACGUUAGUUGGCUCAGCUGUUGGUGGUGCAGCUGGUGCAUUUUCAAAAAUAACUGGUGUACUUGGAAAAGGUUUAGCGACAUUAACAUUUGAUGAAGAUUAUAAAAUUUCACGUAUAAGACGAAAAGAACCAGCAACUCAUGCAACUACUGAUAUUGCUGUAGGAGGAAAAAAUGUUGUUAUGGGUUUUGUUGAUGGUGUAACUGGUGUUGUUACAAAACCAGUUUCAGGUGCUAAAGAAGGUGGUGCAUCAGGAUUUGUUAAAGGUUUAGGAAAAGGUUUUAUUGGUCUUGUUACAAGACCAACAGGUGGAAUUGUUGAUUUUGCAAGUACUUCAUUAGAUCUAAUAAAACGAACUGCUCAACAAGAAGAAGUUGUACGUCGUGUUCGUUAUCCACGUCAUGUUGGUCGUGAUGGUCUUGUUCGACCAUAUAUUUCUCAUGAAGCAAUGGGAUUUUUUAUUUUAAAUAAACUAGAAGAUGGAAAAUAUGCCAAAAUAGAUACAUAUGUUGCACAUAUAACUUGUUCAGACAAUCCACCAUCUUGGUUAUUGGCUACGUCAAAACGUUUGUUAUUUAUAACUGAAAUAUCGUUUCUUGGUCUGUAUGAAAUUGAUUGGAGAAUUGAAUAUGAAGAUUUAAAAGAAGAACCAGUUGUGAAACCUAAUUUAAAUCAAAUACAAAUUCUUACAAAAGAGUCAAAGAAAACUGGAACAUUAAGAUCAACUCGUUCAUUUGGUAAAAUGGUUAAAUAUCGAAAUAUAUCUGAAGCUCGAUACAUUGUUGAUAAAAUUACUAACGCAAUGCAUACUGUUGGUCUAUAA